AUGUCGGCUCUUCCGCACAUUCAGAAGGAGUUCCGCAACCUCACGAAAGACCCGCCGGCGGGUUUCCGGGUGGAGCUGAAGGACAACAGCUUCUUCACUUGGAUUGUGUGGUUCACUGGCCCGGAGGGAACCCCGUACGCCGGCGGCCAGUACAAAGCGUCGCUGACGUUCCCGAAGGAGUUUCCGAUGGAGCCGCCCACCUUCCGGGUCAUCUCGUCCUUUUGGCACCCGAACGUGUACGCUGAUGGACGAGUGUGCAUUUCCAUUCUGCAUCCCCCAGGCGUGGACGAGAUGAACUCGGAGGAAACGGCGAUGAUGCGCUGGACCCCAGUGCAGACCAUCCGCUCCGUCCUGCUAUCCAUCGUCUCCCUUUGGAGCGACCCCGAUCCGUCCGACGCCGGCGCUCCGGCGAACGUGGAUGCCCUGGUGCAGUACCGCAACAAGCGUGCUGAGUUUGACGCAAAGUGCCGGAGCCUAGCAGAGAAGUCGCUCGCGGAGCUCCCCGAGGACUUUGAGCCGCCGAGCAUGGAAGAGAAGGUGGAGGUGACCAAGGCACCGGGUGACACCUUCGACUAUAUGCUCUCCGAGAACGAACUUGAGGACGAGGACGACUUCGACGACUUCAGCACCCCUGCUCCUGCCACGUCCGCUAGCGCCGGGGUAGCCGCGUCGAGCGAUCCGGCAAAGAAGUACGCGGAGGAGCUGAUGCAGCUCCGCGCGAUGGGAGUGGGUGAGGGCAAACCUGACGCUGACCUGCUGAAUCUGCUAAUCAAGCAUCGUGGCGAGCUGGCCAGCGUCAUCGGGGACUUAUCAUGA